GAGAUCUUUCUUUCAAAGGUGGAAGAAAGCGCUAGAAUACUGAUUUGUUGUUGUUGUUCUUCUUCUUGGAAUCGAAAGCUACGAUCUGCACGAAUCGAUCGGAAACAAUGGCGGAUGAACAUAAGCACGAAGAAUCUCUGCCUAAUUUGGACCCAGCGGUGGAAGUUGUAGAGAGGGAAUCGUUGAUGGAGAAGAUAUCAGAGAAGGUCCAUCACAAAGGUGACUCUUCGUCAUCGUCGUCGUCGUCAGAUGACGAAAACGAGAAGAAAUCUCUGAAAUCGAAGGUUUACCGUUUAUUCGGCAGGGAGAGGCCCGUUCAUAAGGUUCUCGGCGGCGGAAAACCGGCUGAUAUAUUUAUGUGGAAGAACAAGAAGAUGUCAGGUGGUGUAUUUGGUGGUGCUACAGUUGCAUGGGUUCUCUUUGAAUUGAUCGAGUAUCAUCUUCUUACUCUGCUAUGUCACGUUAUGAUCGUUCUUCUUGCUGUGCUGUUUCUAUGGUCUAAUGCCACUAUGUUCAUUCACAAGUCUCCUCCAAAGAUUCCUGAAGUACAUAUCCCUGAAGAACCUCUUCUUCAACUUGCUUCAGGGCUCAGAAUCGAAAUUAACCGAGGGUUCUCUUCUCUUCGCCAGAUCGCAUCUGGAAGGGAUCUCAAGAAAUUCCUCUCUGCUAUCGUCGGAUUAUGGGUUCUAUCAGUUUUGGGUGGAUGCUGUAGUUUCUUGACAUUGGCAUACAUAGCUCUGGUUCUGCUCUUCACUCUUCCUCUUCUCUAUGACAAGUACGAGGACAAAGUAGACUCAUAUGGUGAGAAAGCAAUGGCUGAGUUGAAAAAGCAAUACGCUGUGUUCGACGCAAAGGUAUUGAGCAAAAUCCCAAGGGGACCAUUGAAGGAUAAGAAGAAAGAUUAGGGUUUUUGCGGGUUUUUUUUUUGGCGUGGGUGUGCACAAUGCUCUGGUUUUGAAAAUGUGGGUUGUGUUGUGAAAUGGUAAAUCCAAAAGUUGUGUUAGAUCUCAUCUCAUUUCUCUCGAGUUUUUACUUAACACCUUUGCUUCUUUUUUUUCUUUGUUUUGUUCUGUGGUAUUGGUGGUGUUCUUGUUGCAUGAGGUCAAAACUUGUAGUGGCUCUUUUACUUGUUGAAUAUGUAUGUAGUCAGUCUUUGACUAACGUAUCGAUUUAUCUGUGUUGUAUACUUCGGUGUUACGAUCUCGAAUAAUACAUAUAUCUUUUAGUGCGUGUA